AAUUUUCGGCGAUGAGAUUUCUUUUUGGUUUUAAUCUCUCUAACAGAGCGGCGAAUAUUCUUUGUCCUUCUCUCUUUCACUCUCUCUCACCAUAAGAUAAAGAGAGAGAGAAAGGAAAGAAGAGGAGGAGGAAGAAGAAGCAUUCAAACAACAAUCUCAAGGGAAAGGAAGUGACCCAGAAGCAAGCAAAGCGAUUGAGGGGUACCCAUUUCCUCGCUCUCUCUCCAAAGGAAAGGAAAAGGAAUUUAUGGAGAUGGGAAAGGGAGAGAAGAGCAGUGGGGAGGUGGAGGCUGUGGCAUCGAAGUUUCCAUUGAGCGUUUGGGAGGUGGCGGCGGCUUCCACCGUGGUGUUGGGCUUCGUGGUGGGUCUUCUCUGUGUGUACCUGACCAUGCCAGCAUCUGAUUACAGCUUCCUUAAGCUCCCUCGUACCCUCGAAGAUCUUCAAAUCCUCCGAGAUCACCUAGAGAGUUACACAAGUGACUAUACUGCACAAGUCCUGGUUGGGUACUGCAUGGUUUAUAUUUUCAUGCAGACAUUUAUGAUUCCGGGGACUGUGUUCAUGUCAUUGCUGGCCGGAGCCCUUUUUGGAGUCUUCAAAGGUGUAGCUCUGGUUGUCUUCACUGCCACUGCUGGUGCUUCUUCAUGCUAUUUCUUAUCAAAGAUGAUUGGCCGGCCUAUUCUCUCCUGUCUUUGGCCUGACAAGCUAAAGUUCUUUCAAGCCCAGGUGGCUAAAAGAAAAAAGCGUCUGUUGAACUACAUGCUUUUUCUAAGAUUGACUCCGACAUUGCCAAAUACGUUUAUCAAUUUUGCUUCUCCAAUUGUUGAUGUGCCGUAUCAUACUUUUUUACUGGCAACCUUAGUCGGCCUCAUACCUGCGGCUUUUGUCACUGUCAGGGCUGGACUAACUCUUGGAGAGUUGCAAUCCAUAGGGGAUCUCUAUGACUUCCAAUCAAUUGCUACUCUAUUCCUCAUUGGAAUUGUCUCUGUUACCCCCACCCUGGUGGGCAAGAGUACACCGUAGCAAUCUACUGGCCAAAUUGGCUUAACGUACAAGGGGGCCCUUGUUUUCCUGGCGGCCAUUUGAGUUUCACUACAUUUCUGUACAGAACAGCCUCAAAUAAAAAACAAUAUAUGGCUGCCUAUCAGCUUGUGGAUUUCAUUGCCGAUGCUGUAGCCACUGGAGAUGAUAAUGUGGGGAAGUUGCAGGCUGAAAUUGCUACGUUGUGUUAUGUUUAUUGUUGCGUUUCUGAGGCGAGGCGUGGCGGUUGGAAGUUAAAUUCAGUUUCAAUUUAAGUAUCAAAUCUGCAGAUUUAGAGAUGUAUAUUGUUGUUAGUGAAACAUUGUGUAAAAUGACAGCCUCUCUGUUGGGGUAGAUUUAUCAUAGUUUUAUGUUUUUCAUCGAUUGUUUCUGGGCGUCGUCUGCAAAUGGGACAUGUAGGUGAUUUAUUAGAUACUUAGAAAUGAAUUGGUUGAAAUUGGCAGAUUA